AUGCCAUCUCAAAGUGUCUAUUCGAUAGAUUUACCUUAUUUUGGUGCAAUAUUAUUAGGAAAAUCACCAUUAAAUUUAAGAUCAUUUCAAAAACCUUUACGUGAAUUAUAUAUUUCAUAUUAUCAUGAACGUUGUCAUGAUCAACGUCGUAUUAUUAUAUCAAAUUAUGAUAUAUUAAUAUUUGAACCUAAUGCAACAAUAAAAGAUAAACGUUCAUUUAUCUAUUUAAAUUUUGAAUCUAUUGUUGAUAUCGAAAUAUUAAAAUUAUCUAUUAUGAUCAAUAAUACAGAAAAUCAACAAUAUAAACAAAUACAAGCAGCUUUUUUACCAAUUGAUAAUAUCCGUAAAGCUUUAUGUUAUGAACAGCAACAACGUUUUCAUUCACUUUAUUCAACAAUCAAUAAAACACAAUACAAUCUUCUUUUAACAUCAACAUCAUAUCAUCCACCACUUUUAUUAUUUUUUAUACGAAAACCAGGUGUUGGUAAUUCAUGUUCUCUUAUCGAUUGUCAUGUAUUUGAUAUACAUCGUGAAUCAAAAGCAUUUGAUUUAUGUAAUAUGAUACGUAAAUUAAUAAUUAAACGAACAAUGAGUCCAAUAUUAUCAAAUAGAACAACAUUAAUACGUACAAAAGAUAAUGAUAAAGAAGUCAAAAUAGAAAAACGAAUCAAAUAUCUUGAACGAAAUCGACCUAUGUCAAUAAUGGAACAUCGACAAAUUGAUAAUCAAACAAUGGCAGAUAAACAAACUAAUCAUAUAUUAUCAAAUGUCAAUUCGAAUGAUGUUGUUCAUUUGACAACAAAUAUUUCUCGUAAUCCUUUAUCGUCGUCUUCGUUACUAAUAAAUAAUGUUCGACAUCCUUCUCCUUUUCAUGACACAUCUAAAGUAUUAACAAUGAAUAAAGACAUUCAUCGUAUGUCAUCACCAUGUUCAACAUCAAAACAACGUCAUUUUAUAAAAGUAUCAUCAUUAAUAAAAGAUGAAUCUGAUGAAAUUUUUAAUGAUUUAUUAAAUAUUGUUGCUAUUGAACAAAUUAAAAAUCAAGUAUCAAUUAAACGUCAAGCAUCAUUUGAUCAAACAUCAUAUUCAGAUGAUUAUACAAUGAAUAAAAAACGUUAUUUUCAUAAUAAAAAACGUUUAUUAAAAUCUAUACCAACAAUAAAUAAUAUUACACAUCAACAAAAAUUCAAUUCAAUUAUUGAUGGUCAUUUAUUACAACCACAAAUUAUACUUAAUCAUUAUGGUGAUAUUGGUAAUUAUGUACCAAAAUUUUUACGUGAAAAUAUAACAAUGCGUUCAUCUGAUAGUAAUGAAAAUAUUUUUUUUCGUUCAACAAAUGGACAAUUAUUAAAUGGUUUUCUUAAUUUGGAUUUUUUAUCAACAAAACCAAUUAAUGAAUAUAAUAAUAAUAAUACUAAUAAUACUCAUUAUCAAUCAACACCAUGUUUAAAUCAAGAACAAAAUAUUUAUUCACUUGUACAACAAUUACGAAAUAAUCAAACAAAAUCUUUUACAAAUACUCAUCAAAUUAAUUCAAAUGUAUCAAAUCGAAUGUUAAAUACGAAAAUAAAUUCAACUGAUGAUGAUCAUCGUGUUCCUUAUAUAUUAAAAUCAAUAGAAGAUAUUAAAAAUGGUAAUAAAGUAUAUCCAUUUACAUCGAAUUCUCAUCUUCAUCAACAUCCUUACAAAUUGAAUGUUUCAUCAUCUUCAUCAAAACCAAAACGAGUUGCAUCAUUUACAGUUGGUGAUACAGAAUUACCAAUUGAUUAUCGACAAUAUUUACGUCAUACAGAUCAAGGAGCUUAUCUUUAUGGUGAAGAACAACGUCAACAAACAACGCUUGAACAUUCACUUGGAUAUUUUCCAUAA